AUGUAUGACGUCGACGUCGAAUGGUUCCGCAAGCACUACAAGAGGGUCUACGACAUUGCGGAAGCCAGGAACAAAUUUGUAGCUGUUAUCAAGGAAAAGGUCUCCGACAAGGAGAAGAAAGCUCUAAUCGAGUUGGAACAAUGCAUGACUCUGGAUCUUCAAUAUGAUUGUUCCAAUCGCUACUGGUUUCUUCAGGAUCUCACAUAUUUCCAUUCCAAGAUCCAACGAGACAGCGGAUUGGGGAAUGUGCAUUAUAUGUGCAUCACGGGACCAACAACACCUCUUCCAAUUUAUACUUUUGUGUCUCAGCACGUUAUGCAAGAAAGAGUAUUGUCUAAGUGCAUUGAAGAAACUCGCCGUCUCGACAAAACUACGCAAAAAAAAGCUCUCAGAAAUGGACCGAGUGAUAAACCAUCACCUCAACUAAGAACAACUCCUUGUAAGAAUAAAGAAUGGUGCAAGUGUAACCUCAAUUACGCAUCGAUGGUCCGUCGCAAUUCCUUUGGAAAAAGAACAAAACUCUGCAUUCCGGAUGAUAUGGGCCGUCUCCAGAAUCUAGACGAGCAUAGAUUUGGAGAUGAAUACGUGUCUGUUGAAUGUUCUUCAGCCUGCAAAUGCUCUAAGAACUGCCCCAGACGCCAAUUGCAGAAAGGUGGCAAAAAAAUGCUUGUGGUUCUGUGUGAAGACGAAAGGAAUGAAUAUGAGUUGGUAGCAGGAGAACCCAUCGUAGCAGGAGAGUUGAUCGGGGAACUGGUCGGAGAACUCUUCCUCGCCCCACAGCAAGAAGAAGAUUCGAAUGGCUCUCCAGUGGCUAAACGAUCAAAGCCCGACGCUUCCAGUCCUAUGAAUCGAACCACGCAGCUGAAUUUGAAAGAUGGACCUUUCUACAAGACAUUUUCCAUCUUCAAUGCUGAAAUGGCAAUCAUUUCCCGCCAUAUCGGAAACGCAAUGAGAUUCAUCCGCCACUCCGAAUCUCCAAACUCCCUUUUCAUCGAAACUCUCAGCCGUGUGAACCACAAAGACCCAAUUAUUCCACGAAUGGGUGUAUUCGCCUCAAAGGACAUCGCCAUCGGCGAUAAGAUCACUGCAUUUUUCUAUUAG